AUGGAGUCAACAUAUCUUCAAGAGCACCUUGGGACAUGUCUAACUCAAGGUCUUGCAGAAGUGGCGAGAAUUCGACCAGUGGAUCCAAUAGAAUAUUUAGCAUUGUGGAUUUACAAGUAUAAGGAAAAUAUGACUAUGGAGGAACUGAGACAAAAGGAAAUGGCUGAACUGGAGCAUGAAAGAGAACUAGCUCUGACGGAGCAGGAAAUGAUGGAAAGGCUCAAAGCAGAAGAGCUUAUCUUUCAGCAGCAACAGCUGGCAUUCCAGCUGGAGUUGGAAAUGCAAGAAAAAGAGAGACAGAGAAUAGAAGAAUUACAGAGAGCUCAAGAACAGUUAGAGAAGGAGAUGAAAAUGAAGAUGGAAAAUAUAGCUAGAGGUGAAGAUACUUCAUCCCCAAAGGGUACAGCAGCAGACUCAAGCAAGACACUAGCUGAAAUUAGUGAUCGAUAUGGGGCACCUAACUUGAGCACAGUGGAAGAACUUGAUGAACCAGUGCUCUCCGAUGUUGCAUUAAACAAUGAUCAAGAUUUAUAG